UAUAGGAAUAUGAGUGGAGAAUAUGGACACAAAUUGAUGGAAGCAAAGGAAGAAGAAGAAGUGGUGCUAAACUCUGGCCACAGCAUGCCUAUGCUUGGCUUUGGCACUGCAGCUGUGCCCCUCCCUCCGCAUGAUGAGCUCGUCUCUGUGUUCAUAGCUGCCAUUGAAGCUGGCUACCGUCAUUUUGACACUGCAACUCUCUAUGGUUCUGAGGAUGCCCUUGGCCUAGCUCUCGCACAUGCACAACGCCAAGGUCUUAUUCACAAUCGUGGUGAGGUUUUUGUCACAACCAAGCUGUGGUGUUCUGAUGCACAUCCUGGCCUUGUCCUCCCAGCACUCAAGAAAUCACUUAAGAAGUUGGGACUUGAGUAUGUGGAUCUUUACCUAAUCCAUUUUCCGGUGAGGUUGAGACAUGGAAUUGGAGGAAAUAUUUCCAAAGGAGACGUGCUUCCUUUUGACAUAAAAGGGACAUGGGAAGCCAUGGAAGAGUGCUCUAAAUUAGGCUUAACCAAGUCUAUUGGUGUCAGCAAUUUUGGAGCAAGAAAGCUUUCUGAGCUUCUGCAGAAUGCAACUAUUACCCCUGCUGUUAAUCAGGUUGAAAUGAAUGUAGCAUGGCAGCAGAGAAACCUGAGAAAGUUCUGCCAAGAGAAAGGAAUUCAUGUGAGUGCGUGGUCCCCUUUGGGAGCUAAUGGUGCUUCGUGGGGUUCCCUUGCUGUAAUGGAGAGUCCAGUCCUUAAACACAUUGCAACAACAACAGGCAAGACUGUGCCACAGAUUGCAUUGAGAUGGAUAUUGGAACAAGGGGUCUCUUCUGUAGUGAAGAGCUUCAACAAAGUAAGAAUGAAAGAAAAUCUUCAAAUAUUUGAUUGGAAGCUGAGUGAGUCUGAUCUGGUGAAGAUCAAGCAAAUUCCACAGUUUAGAGCCUUCUUAGCAAGAGAAUUUGUAUCUGAAGAUGGACCCUACAAAUCCUUGGAUGAUUUUUGGGAUGGCGAGAUAUGAUUUUUGAGGAUAAAAAUUUUGGAUUAGUAGGGAAGUUUUACAAGUAAGAAUCAAAAUAUUAUAAGAAUCGAAGUA